UCCGAUAUACGAAGCCCGACUUGAACACCUCCACGAUGCUCGUUUGCAUGAAGAUGCCAUACUAAGCAGACUUUUGCUGCGCGGCGCAUCCCCGAGAUCCAAUCCAUACUGUUUGAUAUCCAGCUCGCAGUCAAGAUGACGCGACGUAUUGUUCGCACGCUCACGCAGCUGGGCGCCGUAGCAUUCGUCACCACAAUCAUCAUCUUCUUCCUCGAUCGCAACUACAGGGUCCUCCCCAAUGCUCUCCACAACUACAUGCCCUCCCACCACCCCGGCCUGGUAGUCACCGAUGUUACCAUCACAACCUGCUCCAGCCUCAAGCCCUUUUCCUCCUGCGAACUGAAUCCAACCGACUGGCAUCGCAUCGAGAAGGAACUAUACCUGGGCAAGGCGUGGACAUCGCGCGCAUACCUACACGUCCGUCGCAAGCACGAAGAGGAGCUGACGGCCGAAGACGAGGUUGUCGUCGGCGUCUCUGUCGGUUCGCUGAACCCUGGUGACGUCGCCAACGAGAGCGAGCACUGGGAACCGCGGCCGGGUGGUAUAUGGCUGAAGCGCUCUAGAAAUAAAAAGUCCAGCGACUCAGAUGCUGCAGUGACGGAUGUCGAUGUCGUCUUUGGCGACGACGCAACGGAGGCGCGCAAUGGAUGGGGGAUUGUCGGACGACCUCUACAACUUGGCACCGGGGGGAGUCUCCUCAGCGCCCAUCUGACUGUGCGUAGAGGAGCGCCUCAUGAGCUAAAGAAGCCGAAGCCUAGAAUCCCCGACAAUGGACGGUUUAAGAUCAUGCAAGUGGGCGACUUGCACCUCAGCACCGGCGUUGGCGAGUGCCGAGAUGCUGUUCCAGAUGGCUACAAGGGAGGCAAAUGCGAGGCUGAUCCCAGGACGCUCGAUUUCCUUACCAAGAUGCUUGACGAAGAGAAGCCUGACCUGGUUAUCUUGAGCGGCGACCAGGUUAACGGGGAUACGGCCCCCGAUGCUCCGUCGGCCAUAUACAAGUACGCCUCUCUCCUGAUUGAGCGCAAAAUACCCUAUGCCGCCAUCUUUGGCAACCAUGACGACGAAAAGUCCAUGUCGCGGGAAGCCCAGAUGGCCUUGAUGGAGACUCUGCCCUACUCCCUAUCCCGAGCUGGCCCCGUCGACGUUGACGGCGUCGGUAACUACUACAUCGAAGUCUUGGCUCGUGGCCACAACGAACACUCCGCCUUGACCAUCUAUCUCCUCGACACUCAUUCUUACUCCCCUGAUGAGCGUCACUACCCUGGUUAUGACUGGGUGAAACCUAACCAGAUUGACUGGUUCAAGAAGACAAGCGCAAGUCUCAAAAAGAACCAUGAUGGAUACACGCAUCGACACAUGGACAUUGCCUUUAUUCACAUCCCACUUACCGAAUACGCUGACUGGGAUAAGCCGCGUGUGGGAGAUUGGCGCGAAGGCGUCACCGCACCCGUCUACAACACCGGAUUCCACGAUGCUCUCGUUGCAGAGGGCAUCGUCAUGGUCAGCGCCGGACAUGACCACGUCAACGACUACUGCUCCCUCUCCUCCCACGGCGACGAGACAAAAUCCUUCCUGCCGGGCUGGGAAGAGAAACUGCCCCUCAAGUCGGAGAAGAAGCCCGACGACGUCCAAAAGGUGCCCGCCAUGUGGAUGUGCUACUCCGGCGGCAUCGGCUUCGGCGGCUACGCCGGCUACGGCGGAUACGUCCGCCGAUUGCGCCUCUUCGAGGUCGACACCGAGGAGGCCCGCAUUACGACGUGGAAGAGGGUCGAAUAUGGCGAUACCCAGGGCCGUAUCGAUCAGCAGAUUCUUGUGGAGGCUGGAAAGGCGUACUUUGCGCCUCCGCCGCCGCCGCCUCCUUCGGAGGAGCAGCAGCAGCAGCAGCAACAGCAACAGUAAGGACUGUUAGAGUGCGGGGAACUAUACAUAUAUACCAUUAUGGGGAUGGAAGAGACUAGCUGGAGAGUGACUACCAAAGAACUCUCUCACUCGUUGGGUACGAUGAGUAUUAUUAUCAGUGUUUUGCAGCUCUGCAAGUAAUGAUUCAGCUUUCUCCCGUAUUAUUGGAUGGAUGCGAAUUUUUUUUUAUAUGAAUGGCGCUGGAGAGUUGGGCACAGGGUUAGGAUGGACAUGACUUGGAAAACAUUAUAUAUAAACACAAGUCAACCAAGUAUAUCUACCACAUUGCAACUCCAUACAAAUGGCAUCAAAAAGAGUACAACUUCGACU